AAACAAAGGAAGAAGAAAACCAGAGAGCUGGAAACCAUCAUUUUCUUCCUAGACCUUCGCCUCUCGUCAUCGUCGUUCAGAAGCCAAGUGCUGGGUGGUGACAGCCAUCAUGAUCGAGAAACCAGAGGCUGCCGUCCAGAGCAUUGCUCAGCGGAAUCUGGAGGGCUAUGUAGGAUUUGCCAAUCUUCCCAACCAGGUGUAUCGCAAGUCGGUUAAAAGAGGCUUUGAGUUUACAUUGAUGGUUGUCGGUGAGUCUGGUCUUGGGAAAUCCACACUUAUAAAUUCCCUCUUCUUGACUGAUCUCUACUCCAAGGACUACCCUGGGCCGUCGCAGCGAAUUAAGAAGACUGUGCAGGUGGAGCAGUCCAAAGUGCUCAUAAAAGAAGGGGGGGUCCAGCUGACCCUCACGAUUGUUGACACCCCAGGAUUUGGAGAUGCAGUAGAUAACAGUAACUGUUGGCAGCCAGUCAUCAAUUAUAUUGACAGCAAGUGUGAGGACUUCCUGAACGCAGAAUCGAGGGUGAACCGCAGGUCGAUGCCGGAUAAUAGGGUCCACUGCUGUCUAUAUUUCAUUGCACCCUCAGGACACGGUCUGAAGCCACUUGACAUUGAGUUUAUGAAGAGACUCCACGACAAAGUCAACGUCAUUCCGCUUAUUGCAAAAGCUGACACGCUGACCCCAGAAGAAUGCCAACUUUUUAAGAAACAGAUAAUGAAAGAGAUCCAGGAGCACAAAAUCAAAAUUUAUGAAUUUCCGGACACGCACGAUGACGACGACAACAAGCUCAUCCGGAAGAUAAAGGAGAAGAUGCCAUUGGCUGUGGUUGGCAGCAACGUUGUCAUUGAGGUGAAUGGCAAGAAGGUCAGAGGUCGCCAGUACCCGUGGGGCGUGGCAGAAGUGGAAAACGGCGAACAUUGCGACUUCACUGUUUUGCGCAACAUGUUAAUCAGAACGCACAUGCAAGAUCUGAAGGACGUUACCAACAACGUCCACUAUGAGAAUUACCGUAGUAGGAAACUUGCAGCCGUCACCUGUAACGGAGUGGACACCACCAAGACCAAAGGACAGCUUACCAAGAGUCCGCUGGCCCAGAUGGAGGAGGAGCGAAAAGAACAUGUGAUGAAGAUGAAGAAGAUGGAAGCGGAAAUGGAACAAGUCUUUGAAAUGAAAGUGAAGGAAAAGAAACAGAAACUGAAGGAUUCAGAGGCUGAGCUGGAGCGGCGUCACGAGCAAAUGAAGAGGAACUUGGAGGCGCAGUACAAAGAACUGGAAGAGAAGAGACGAGUGUAUGAAGACGAGAAAACCAACUGGGAAGCUCAGCAGAGAAUUUUGGAGCAGCAGAAACUGGACGCCUCCAAGACAAUGGAGAAGAACAAGAAGAAAGGAAAAAUCUUUUGAAGAGUGAAUUUAAUUUUCAGUUACACAAAUACACACACACACAUGAAUAUUGUUACUCUCCAUAGCAUUUUUCUGUUUGAUAUUUUAAAACUAACAUGCACGUCGGCCCUCAUGUUUGUUAUUUUUGGUGACUUUCUUGUCAAAUGUUGUCCUUAUUGUUCCCAACAUAAUCUAAUACUACUCGGAGUACAAUGAAGUACUACUACCAUAAGUUCUACACUAUGUCCAUGUGUUGUACAGCGUAUCGUGCUUGGGAGAGGCUGUUUGAAGAGCCGUGGUCGCAUGACAUGACAAAACGUAUGACCACUAGGUUUGUUAUGUACGCUGUCGUCACAGGUAUGUCACAGGUACGUACCUCGUUCUUAACCUCAUAGUUAAUUUUGGGUAGUGUAAGGGAAAAAAAUAAACACUUCCUGUCCCGUGUGGAAUGUGGAAGAAUACCGUUACAAAUAACUUGUACCGUUACUCCGCUAUGGCUACAGUAGUCUGCUUGAAAUAGUAAAAAGAAAUGAAGAAGCAGACAACAUAAUAAUAAUAAUAAUAGAUUUUAUUUGUAAAAAGCACUUUACAUUGAGCAAACAACCUCAAAGGGCUACAGUGUAUUAAAAAAUAAAUAAAAGAUAUUAUUAAAAUAAAUAAAAUAUAAAAACUAGAACAGCCUAAUAGCUCAAACUAGUAUGCAUAUAUCUAUAAAAAGGCUUUUUAAAAAUACAAUUUAAAAAAAAAAGGGUUUUUAAGCCUUUUUACAAUCAUCCACAGUCUGAGGUGCCCUCAGGUGGUCAGGGAGAGCGUUCCACAGACUGGGAGCAGCGGAGCAGAAAGCCCGGUCUCCCAUAGUUCGCAGCUUUGUCCUUAGAGGUCGGAGGUGUCGUGGGGAAGAUUUGGCCACAAAGCAGGCAGGAACUCUAAAAGGUUCCUGAAGAACUAAUUAACAUACAAAAUAUGUGCUGUGUAUUUUCUCAGUAGUCAAAGUGCGAGUUCACCAAAGAUUCAGUUUGGAAGUAGACAUGAGAGUUGUGAAUGUUGGACACAAAUAUUCAAAAGCUACUGCAAAAAAACUAAGUAUUCCAGAACAAUAAUAUUAAGAAUGACCAAAAAAGUGUAACCAUUCGGCCUUCCGACUGGAAAGCACGUCCCUAGAAAGUAGAGCAACAAGGGAGGCAGGGAAGAAAAAAACAAUAACGAAACAGGACAAACAAACGUUAUGAGUAACGGCUGCAUAUGUAAUUUUACCGCAAACAUGUUCCUAGCCCCCUCCUGCUCUGUUACUGACAAAAACAUAAUAGCAGAGCUACUUAAAACAUUCUUACUGGCUGUUAAUGCUACACGAGGUCUUGUUAACGGUUUACUGGGUUCGAAUCCCAUUACGGAAGGUUUGCAGAUCGUAAAAUGUGUUUUAUUGCACGAAACAAAUCAAUUUAUUUUCAUUCAUUUUAGUCCAAAAAUGCAUCAAAUUGAAUUAAGAUUUGAAUGUUUUAUGCUUCGGGUCUCUCUGCCAUGUGGUUUCUCCCCGUGGUUUCAAGACAAAGCACAGACAGGAAAUGCAAGAAUAAACGAUGUUGUGUUACGCGGGAUUUAAACUGAAAGUGGACCUCGAGGACAUCGCCUUUUAUGGUAUUAUGCAAAACUUUCACAUGGCAUAGGAAAAUGUCGUGUUACUGGGGAGUGUUGUCAAGGUCUCUUUUGAAUAUGGAAUAGCAUUAUCUGCAAAAUACAGUAGAACACGCUUAUGUUUACAGCCUGAUCCGCUUAAGUCAACAUAUGUGAACCCCAAAGGACUCAUUUCUAAGAAAAAUGGUUUAUCAGUCCCUUCAGGAAUUUGCCAUGGCACCAAUUAAUGCAAAUAAAAACCAAUUCCCCUACAUAACGUCUUUAUUGCCCAAAAAACACAACUCUUGUCCUCCUGCAUAGCCUAAGAACUACUUCCUGUUACUGUCUACAGUGCUAAACCUAUGCAAACAUUAACUUCCUAAUUUACAUGUAUUUAUAUAUUUAUUUAACAUUAUUUAUCCAGGCUUAGACAAUUAAGAAACAUAUUUCUUUCAUUUGCCAUACUGACCUUGCUAAGAGGCAGCAUUUACAUGAUAGAGAUGUUGAAGUGUGAUGGCAAUCCCCAAUCAUCUCUCAUUUACCCAACAAGCAUGAGCGCUAUAGAUCAACUAUAGAACAGUUCGCUUCAAGUGUAAAACAUACACGGAGAAUAAUUGUAUUUUGUACACGACAGAGUACAAGGAAUAAGUGUUUCUUUCUGUAAUUAUAGUGAAUUAUUAGUUACAAUUAUUUAAAAGAGGACAGUAAUUAAAAAUUGAUAUCAGAGUAUGUACUUUUGCUGCCAUCUAGUGUCUGGUAUUAAGUAUGAGCUGUGUAACGAGCAUAACAUCAACACACUAUUUGUUUUCCAAUUUUCGUUGCAAUCCUGUACUAUUUUACGACAAGAUUACAUUGAUAAGAAAUUCAUAAAAAUAAGAAGAUCAUACAAUUUUAGAGAAACUAAUUAAGGCAUUUGAGGCUGCAAGCUGUUGGAGGGACUGAUAUACGUCGACAUGUGUCGUAUUGUUAACUUCAUCAUAUUCUUCUUCUAAUUACACACACUCACUUCCAGUUCAGUGCAAAAUAAGCUUAUGUUAACUCUCGCUUUAAAGGAAAACUGCCCUUUUUUGGGUGGAUUAUGCCUAUCAUUCACAAUCAUGAAAGAUAUGACGGAUGUAUUUUUUCUAGUGCAUUCCAACACUCAAAUAAAAGUAGCCGAUGGGAGGUCCACUAUUUCGCACAUAAAAUCAAAUAAAUAACCAUUCAGUGAAUUAAUUAUAAACCAAGUAUUAGUGAUAUUGUUAUUAUAAGUGCUAACGCAGACAAACUAUAACGGCGCUGUGAUCAUAAAACUGAUGAUCGACUGAUCAUAAAUCAUGCCUCUCACCCGGACAGAAAAAGUCUGAGUAGGUUUUCCAUUUGGGUCCCGGAAACGGCGAGAACGAUACGAAAAGACGCUUGCUUUUUUUUUUUUUUCUGGCGGUUCCCCUUUUGAGUUGUCACGAGGUGUGUGGACUUAUCUGUGUUCCAGGUCUUGGACGACCUAUGCUCACACCUAACAAGUCUUAGAUGUUAAAAUAGAAUAUUUUCAGUCCUUCAAAGCUCUCGUAUUUCUUACCCAGAUUUGUUGUGUGUUAUUUUCUUAAAACGAUAGUAAUAUUAUAUGGAAUAUGAGACGGCUUCGCUGUAGUUUUCUUGAGUGACUCUUAUAUGAAACCAGGAUCCAACUAUAUUUUUCCAAGCUGUCAUUGCAUUUCAAACAAGACGCUAAAAGGAUUUUAGCAGGUAAAUAAAUAUUACUAUUUGCAUCCAGUCAUGCUCGAUAACAUUUAUUGUGUACAUAAUAUUUUACUGUGAGGAUUUUGCUUUGUUUGCUUUCUUCAUGCCAGAAGUAACCACGGACUACGUUAUUCCCCACACCUUCUUUAAGGCUUUUUUUUUUUCUUAUCACAUUUGGACAAAAGUGGCAGCAUUUUCUUUGAUGCUUUCAGUAACUGCAUUUUUUUAUUAUUAUUAUUGACCUUUUAUAUGUAUACCGUCUAACUGUCCAUUUACAAUAUUAAAGUUUACAUGGUUAUGCAUCCA